AUGAGUUCUUCCCCUACUGUGUGUGUUUCUCCAGGCUUCACAUUUCCAUCAACGAACAUGGGGAGUCCUGCGGAAGACUAUUUCAGUGUAAAGGAGAGUAAGAAAGAUGAUAAAAGGAUGGAAGGUGGCCUGAGACUUAGGAGGCAUCAUUUGGGAAUGGCAGCGCACAAGAAUUCAAAUAGUUCAGACUUGACGUUUUGUGACGAAAGUUUUCUGAUGCAGCAAAUAGAUAGAACUGACUCUACCAUCUCAACUGAUACGUUGGUAGAUGAUACUAAUUUGAACAAAAGGAACACGCUAAAUUUGAAGCUUAGCUUUGCCCAAAAUUCACAGGGGCUGAUUCUCUCAGGAAAAGAUCUAAAGAGCCUUUCAUUCAAAGAAGAUGAAGAUGAGAUACCAAAAGCAGCUUCAGCAAUUGAGCCCACCUUUAAUUUCCACACAAAGAAUUUAUCAACUUCAUCAGCCGCCUCGUUUAGAAGUGUUGAUCUUAAUAACACUUCUCUGAGUGAAAGACAAUCGAGUUUCAGUGGUAUCACUCCCCUAGAGGCUAUGAAAUAUAAAAAUUCUUUGAGUACUCCUACUGAUAUCAAUUCUACCAACUUUAAUCAGCGAACUUUGAAGAGGUUAGGAUCAGCCCCGAACAUAAAUUUGAGGGAAUCCAUUCUUAAUUUGCCAUUAGAAACACGAUAUCUUUCUCUCUCUGAAGCUGAAGUUUUAAUCAAUAAUGCAGAUAUUCUAUCAGAUGCCCGGGAUUUGUUGAUCAUCGAUAUCAGGCCAUUUGCAGAUUAUAUGAAAUCUCACAUAAGGAGCUCGAUAAAUGCCUGUUUACCUCUGACGUUGUUGAAGAGAUCAACCUACGACUUAACAAAAUGCAUUAAUUCAUUACCAAUUCGUGAAAGAGAAAUACUAUCGAGUUUUUUUAAAUUUAACGAAGUACAAUCCUCUUUUAAUGAGAAUCUGUCAGUGAGUGAACACACACGCAGAGUUUUGAUUUAUGAUACCCUUAGCAGCUCUUCGAAUAUCUAUUAUUUUUGCAAAAAGUUUUUGAAUACUAAUUUGUGGGAUCUGAAAGCUCCAAUUUACGUUUUGAGCUCAAGUUUGGAAGCACUUCUGGACUCCUCUCCUAAACUUUUUGAAAGCGGAACUGAAGUGUUUCUGAAUAUUAAAGAUAAAUCUUCUCAAUAUAACUUCAUGAACUUGAAGCGUCCUCCACCUUCUUAUAAAUCAGAUAUAUGGUGUAAAUCAGCUUCGGCUACGCCGACUUUGUCAAACUUCAAAUUACCAGAUACUCCAAGGAUGGGAUUCAAAAUUCGACAUAACGAGGAACUAAUUGAAAGCUCCAGCGUUGAUAAGAUAAGUACUUUUAAGUUGAAUAAUUUAAAUUCUUCGUCCAUCCUUCCUAAUUGGAUCAAUUCUGUUUUGAGUGAUCCCAUGAAGUUGAAUGAAGAUUUCAAACUCCUUGAAAAGUCUGAGAAGGAAAGAUUAAACAAUGCUCUAUCUAUCGACAAUAUUUCUAAGAUAAGUGAUGUUCCUCUUAUUAGUUCUGGCAUAGAGUAUGGUUACAAAAAUAGAUACAAAGAUGUCCUUCUCUAUGAGCAUUCAAGGGUGAAAUUAAAUGAUGCCAAUAAAAAGCAACUUUGUGAUUACAUUCAUGCAUCCUAUAUUGAUCCAAUUGAAUCGUUGCCCCAAUUGACCGAGCACUCACAGACUAUAUCUGGAUUUUUGAAGUAUAUCGCUACUCAGGGUCCUCUCGAACAAACUAUGGGUGAUUUUUGGAAGUGCGUUAUCAACCAUAUGAGCCCAAUUAUAGUCUCAUUAGCCGAUGAGUUUGAAAAUGGAAUUAAAAAGUGCUCACCUUUUUGGAGGUCUGGAAGCUAUGUCUCUAACAACAAUUUAAUCAAAGUCACCUUAGUGAUAGAAGAAAAAGUAAACCCUCAGAUGGUUUUUAGGGUUUUUGACAUAUCAAUGGAUAAUAUUGUUUUCCAUACGGUAUUUCAAAUGCACGUAGUCGCUUGGCCAGAUCAAGGAAUUUUAGAUUGCGACGACUUGUUAAGAAUAAUAAUUUUAAAAAAAUAUGUUCUCCUGGAGAUUAAGAAUCUGACUUUGCAUUAUCCUACAAUUAUUCACUGUUCUGCUGGAUGCGGUAGAACAGGUACAUUCUGCGCGAUUGAUUCGAUUGUGAAUAUUUUGAUGGCCAACGACUCUAUAGAGUUGACGUUUGACCCUGUAUGUGAGACUGUUAACCACUUCAGAAAGCAAAGGAUUUCAAUGGUUGAAAAUUUGCGCCAGUAUUAUUUGAUUUAUGAUAUGUUAUUAAAAUAUUUGAAUGAAAAGGAUAAUAACAUCUGGAAUGGGUUAUGCAAAUCAAGCAUCGUACAAAAGUUCAUAGAAAGGCUUUUAGAUUAUAGUCGUUAUAAUCUAGCCUGA